UAACUCGUUUCCGUGGAGUUUUGUGCAGCUCCUGCCGUGACGUCUUUCCACAGCACCGCCUGCGCAGUGUGGCGAACAUGGCGAACAUCAGAAGUGUCAAGGGUAUGGUGGGUUUGGUUACAGGAGGUGCCUCAGGUCUGGGAAGAGCCACAGUGGAAAGGCUACUCAGCCAAGGGGCCAGUGCUGUGAUCCUGGACCUGCCCAGCUCAGACGGACACAAGGUGGCCACAGAACUGGGGGGCCACUGUGCUUUUGCUCCAGCUGAUGUAACAUCAGAGUCAGAUGUACAGGCAGCUGUGAGUUUGGCUAGGGAGAAGUUUGGCCGACUGGACUUGGCGGUGAACUGUGCUGGCAUUGCGGUGGCUGCCAAGACGUACAACUUCAGAAAAGAGAUCCCUCACAGUCUGGAGGACUUCACUCGGGUUAUCACUGUGAACAUUGCUGGCACCUUCAAUGUGAUAAGGCUGGCAGUUGGGGAGAUGGGCAAAAAUGAACCAAACGCUGAUGGACACAGAGGCUGCAUUAUCAACACAGCCAGCGUGGCAGCUUUUGAUGGGCAGGUGGGCCAGGCUGCGUAUUCUGCUUCCAAAGGCGGCAUAGUGGGAAUGACUCUUCCAGUCGCCAGAGAUCUUGCCCCCAUGGGCAUCCGUGUCGUCACCAUUGCCCCAGGCCUGUUCUCCACACCACUGCUAGCAGGACUGCCUGAGAAGGUGCAGAGCUUCCUGGCCCGGCAGGUGCCUUUCCCCUCGCGUCUGGGAGACCCAGCCGAGUUUGCUCAUCUAGUCACCUCCAUCGUAGAAAACCCCAUGCUCAACGGCGAGGUCAUUCGCCUGGACGGAGCCAUACGAAUGCAGCCCUGAGCAGACAAAGAGAAGCACAGAUUCAGAGAAAAGCUGUGUAUGAUUGUAUGUAUGUGUGAGUCAUAGGCCCAGAUGUGAUGAUCAGUGUUUCAGGGUAGUGCAGCUUUUAUCUCUGCGGAUGUCUCUCUCUGAGAUAAGGUGCUGCUCCUUGUUGAUUAAUUUGGGGGUUCUGUACUGAUUCAAACCACUGAAAAAUCUAUAGAUACAUUUUUUACACUGCAGCUGUGAUGUUUUAGUUUUUCUUACAAUAAGUACAUAUGAUUAUGUUCUAAAGAUGUGGUAAAUCUCUGCUGCAGAGCUGUGUAUAGUGAUGUUCUCCUCAGGCUUUCAUCCUGGUCUGGGUGGGAAGUGCCUGAAGCAGAAACAUCCUGAUCAGACUGAAGGUGUUGCUGAAUGGAUCUAUUUGCCUUGAAUGUCUACUCAGACUUCCUCAACCAUCCAAAUAAAUGCAGAUCUUGGUGAAAAA